UUUACCGCCAAAAACUAAAAAAGUUUAGGAACGUUCAGUUGAUUAAUUUUCUCAUUCCUUAAUUCAAGUCUGAAAAGUUUUUUCUUAAAAAUAAAAGUCAAAAUUCAGUUUGGAAUAAAAAUAAAGGUGAAAGAUUUUUAAGAAAGAGCAGUAUAAAUAUUGGAGUUCUGAAAAAUGGCUAGAAGAGAUUAUAUCCAAGACAAAGAGGCUAUAAAAAAUUUUUUGCAAGAAUUUUGUGAAAGUGAUGAUGAUGGUAGAAAAAUAUUCAAAUAUGCAGCACAAUUAGCACGUUUAGCACAUCGUGACCAAAUUCUAAUGACAAUAGAUUUGGACGAUGUUGCUGAUGUAAAUGAGUCUUUGAGUGACGCUAUUGUAAACAACACAAGACGUUAUUUAUCAAUAUUUUCAGAAGUAAUAAUGGAAUUAAUCCCGAGUUACAAAGAAAGAGACAACGUUGCAAAAGAUGCUCUUGAUAUAUAUAUUGAGCAUCGAUUAUUAAUGGAGUCUAGGACGAGAAACCCAAUGGAGCAAAGAGAUGAAAGAAAUCGUUUUCCACCAGAAUUAAUGAAACGGUUUGAAGUUAGUUUCAAACCCAGAUCUAUCGAAAAACCAUUAUCUAUCCGGCAAAUUAAAGCAGAGCACAUUGGAAAGUUAGUAACAGUGAGAGGCAUCGUAACUAGAUGCACUGAAGUAAAACCAAUGAUGAUAGUUGCUACAUACACUUGCGACCGCUGUGGUGCCGAAACAUAUCAGCCAGUAAAUUCAAUGACAUUUAUGCCCAUUACAGAUUGUAUUUCGGAUGAUUGUCGGGUAAACAAAGCCGGAGGAAGAUUAUAUUUGCAAACUAGGGGAUCAAAAUUUUUAAAAUUUCAAGAAUUAAAAAUACAAGAACACAGCGAUCAGGUACCUGUAGGACACAUUCCUCGUACAUUAACUAUAUUUUGCCGUGGGGAAGUGACAAGAAUGGGUCAGCCUGGAGAUCAUGUAUGUGUUUCUGGAAUUUUCUUACCCCUCAUGAGAACUGGUUUCAGACAAUUAGUAUCUGGACUUUUAUCAGAAACUUUUAUUGAUGCUCAUCGUAUCAUUUGUAUCAACAAAAGUGAUGAAAUUGAUGAAAAAAAUUCUGAAUUAACACCACAAGAAUUAGUCGAUUUGGCACAGGAAGAUUUUUACGAAAGAUUGGCUUGCAGUUUAGCCCCAGAAAUAUAUGGUCACAUUGAUGUUAAAAAGGCUUUGCUCUUGUUACUUGUAGGGGGCGUUGAUAAACGGCCAGAUGGGAUGAAAAUUAGGGGCAACAUAAACAUAUGUUUAAUGGGGGAUCCUGGUGUUGCGAAGUCUCAAUUGUUGAGCUAUAUAAGCAGACUUGCUUUGCGUAGUCAAUAUACUACUGGUCGUGGUUCUUCUGGCGUUGGUUUGACUGCUGCUGUAAUGAAAGAUCCUCUUACUGGUGAAACAAUAUUAGAAGGUGGUGCUUUAGUACUCGCUGAUCAAGGUGUAUGUUGCAUUGACGAGUUUGACAAAAUGGCGGAAACAGAUCGUACCGCGAUUCAUGAAGUUAUGGAACAACAAACAAUUUCCAUUGCUAAAGCUGGAAUCAUGACCACUUUAAAUGCCCGAGUAUCAAUUUUAGCUGCAGCGAAUCCAGCGUUUGGUAGAUAUAAUGCUCGCCGUACAAUUGAACAAAAUAUUCAACUUCCAGCUGCAUUGUUAUCUCGUUUUGAUUUGUUAUGGUUAAUACAGGAUAAACCAGAUCGUGACAACGAUUUACGACUUGCUAAGCAUAUCACAUUUGUUCAUAGUCAUGGAAAACAACCGCCAAGUCGUAUCAAAUCUUUAGAUAUGGGCUUAAUGAGGCGUUAUUUAGCAUUAUGUAAGCGAAUAAAUCCAGUAAUACCAAUAGAAUUAACUGAUUAUAUUGUAAACGCGUAUGUUGAAUUAAGGCGCGAAGCAAGAAAUAAUAAGGAUAUGACAUUCACUUCAGCCAGAAAUUUACUGGGAAUAUUGCGUUUGUCAACAGCUUUGGCUAGACUUCGUUUGGCAGAAAAAGUUGAAAAAGAUGAUGUCACAGAAGCACUCAGAUUACUUGCUAUGUCAAAAGAUUCUUUAAAUCAAAUACAUGAGUAUCAAAGAGGUCACAUUCCAAAUACAUCAGACAAAAUUUUUGCUUUAAUUCGAGAAUUAGCUGGAUCAAGUAAAACAGUUAAAAUUAGUGAUGUUAUGGAAAGAUGCACGACAAAGGGAUACAAACCAGAUCAAGUCGAUAAAUGUAUUGAAGAUUAUGAAGAAUUGAAUGUUUGGCAAGUUAAUCAAGCGAGAACUAAAAUAACUUUUAUUUAAACUACGUAUGUAUCGGAAUUUUAAACUUUAUUUUAUAUUUUCUUUGUGUGAAAAAAUAAUUUUGUUCUUUUCUAUUUUAAAUAAAUCAAUGGAAAAUA